AUGUUUUUCAAGGCCAACCAUCCAUCAUCUGACUCUACUAUUUCCCAGUUUCUUCCACUUUUCUUUUCGGGAGAAUAUAGGUUUGAAAUUCCACUGGUCGUUUCCUUUGAAAUUCUCCGAAGUACUGGGAAAAAGAACGUCUCAGGGUGGUCCCGUUGUUUGGUUCCAUCCAUUUUCCAUCUCUCGUCAUACAAUUUUCAAAUUAAUUUAUCUCUUCCCGUCAAUGUUUGCACUUGGAAAUUUACAAUUCAGAAGACCUCUUCUCUCUUUUUUCCCAUCUGGCUUUCCACCACUCAUCCGAAUUCUCUUCUUCUUCUCAAUCCACCAUCUCGAUUCCAGACUCCAAAAAAUUCGGCGUCGUCGUCUUUUACCACCAACAACAAUACUACGACGACGUCCACAAUGACAAACACGGCGACUACCCAGGAGGGAACGUCAUCUAAUCGACGCACCCCAUCGUCUUCUUCGUGUCUCAUCAAGUGCUUCCUUAUGGAACGGCAUUACCGACAUCUCCUGUUUUCGUUAUCACUUCAUACUCUAAUUUAUCUUCUCCUCCAUAUGUGUUUCUCUCCUCGAGAUCUCGCUCAAGCCUUCCUUGCUGACAUUCUGAUUUUGUUGCUCGCUGCAUUCGGAACUGCUCGAAAAUUACCUCUUCUAAUUUUCCCAAGUGUGGUUGUAAAAUUCAUAUGCUUCUCUCUAUGUGCUGGUGUUGCCAUGUUGUCAUUGAGUGAGACGAGUAUCAAUAUGAAAACAAAAGAAGCAAGGAUGGAAUUCAGACGACAGAGAAACUAUCCCGAAGUUGUAAAUGUCACUUUCGAAGAUCAUCCGACAGUUUGCAUCUGGAUUCACGCAAUGGCCGUUGUGGUUGCGUUGGAUUUGAAUAUCGGAUUGAAGGCGUUUUACAGCUCAUUCGAUUGCAUGAAAAAACCUGUUGUCGAAGAAGAGAAGCCACCAUCGUAUACCGUUUGUGUCACCAAUUCUUCCCAAUCGACACUUCCUCCAAGUUAUGAAGAAGCACUGGAGGCUCGUAGAAACAUGCAAUCAUCUCAAAUUGUCCCAGCAAGAAAGAAUCGUCGAAAUUCAGGAGUUUUUGUUGUAUAG